AUUGUGUUGCCUCCAAUCUCUCUCCUUCAAUACUUCGUAUACAUCAAUACUUCAAAAUCAAACCUAAUGCAGCUCGAAAACCUCAUAUACAUUAGCAAUUAGUGAAAGAAAUCAACAAUUGUUUCCAGUUUUUUCUGCAAUUUAUGGUUUGAAAAACUUCAUCUACAUCCUUAUUGUGCAAUUCGUGAUUUCAAUUUUUUUUGCUGCAAUUCGUGAUUUCAACUUGUUUCAAUGGAGGCUUAUCCUGAAUACCUUCUUCAUAGUGGUCAAUGGACUAAUGACAAUAAAUUUGUCAAUUUUGUUGCUGAUUGUAUUGCUAUUGGGUCUACCUUCAACUUUGAAAAUUUAGUUAAAGCAAUUUCAAAGCAGAUCAGACUAGAUACUCAGUUGAAUGCAUUAGAAAUUAAGUUUGUUCCAAGGGAUGGUUUGAUGCCUAUCCUAGUCUACAAUGAUACUGGAGUUCAGGUCUAUAUCGAAUUGAAAAAGAAAAAUCCAGAGUUUACCGACUUUGCGCUCUAUGUCACGGUGAAGAAGGUUGAGAAUGAUUCAGUUGCUAUAAGCUCGAGUGGUAUAAAUAGAGGCAAUUUUGUACAAGAGGUUGAUACAAUAGAUAUGAUUGAGAAUGAAAGUGAUAAUGAAUAUAUUGAAAACAAGUAUUUUGGUAUAAUAGAUGAUAUGUUACACAAAGAGGUUGAGGAGGAUCAGGUUUAUAAGAACAAGGAAACUGUUGUUAGUGUGAUGCAUAACUAUGUUAUUCAGAAUAAUUUCCAGUUUAAGGUGAAGAGAUCAAGUAAAUCAAGGUAUCACCUUUCAUGUGUGGAUGAAGAUUGUGUUUGGUUUUUCAAAUCUUCUGCCAUAUACAAGGCAGAAAUAUUCAAGGUGAGAAGUUUCAAUAAUGUUCAUACAUGCUCGUUUAGUGAAAGAUUCUUGACACAACGUCAUGCUACUUCUAAAGUAGUUGCAAGUAUAAUCAAGGACAAAUGUGUUGAUCCAAAAACAAUUUACACUGCAAAUGAUAUUAUAAGUAGGGGUGGGCGUUCGUCAAAUCCAGGAACGAUUACAAAAUUGCACAAAUCAGAAGAUGGGCGCUUUCUCUAUGUAUUUGUUUCGCUGUUCGCAUGCAUUAAGCGGUGGGAAUAUUGCAGGCCAAUAAUGGUAGUUGUUGGAAGAUUUCUUAAAGCAGCAUACAAGGGUACCAUAUUGACUGCUUGCACACAAGAUGGAGCUGGUGAGUUGACUGUAUCUAUUUUCUGA